UUCUUUAUCAGGGUCAUUCAGUCAGCCGUCAGUUCCAGUUUCUUCUCACAGACAUCAUCAACUUUAAAAAAAAAACUAUUCGGUUCGUCGUUGCGUCAUUUUAUACCAAGUACACUCUGUUCCUGAAGUGAUGAUUCGUCAUUCGCUAUUUUCUGCCUUGUCCAUUUCAGUAUGGGUGAUCGUGGCGCUGUUGUUGUUCGGUUCCCUCAGUCAUGCCUUGGGGGACGAUGAUCAAGACGGUCCACCUACUCACCGUAGCAAUAACACACAGUCGUCGGGCUUCACGGCGAAUCAAGUCGGUCGCUUCCCGAAUGGCAACAACGAUGUUUCGCCAUUAUUUCGAUUUUCUCAGUCCUCCCAGUUUGGUUUACCUUUCCAAGCGGGAAUGGGCUUCCCAUUCAACAGUGCGGCAUUUCAGCAAAACGGAUUUCCGCAGUUAAACAGUUUCCAGCAAACUAGCCUUCCGCAGCAGAAUGGAUUCCAGCAGAACAAUUCUCCACAAAAUGGAUUCCUGCAGGGCGGUUUUCCUCAAAAUGGUUUCCAACAACCUGGCUUUUCGCCGAAUAAUUUUCGCCAAAACACUUUACCACAAAACGGCUUCCAACAAAGCCUUCUCCAACAGCAGAACGGAGGAUUUGGUCAAGGAAAUCAAUUCAGCUCGUUAGGACUGCAAAGUCAAUUGGGAGGAAAUUUGGGUCUUCAAAAUCAAUUAAGCGGGAACAGCUUUCAAAAUCAAUUAGGCGGGAACGGUUUUCAAAAUCAAUUGGGUCUUCAAAAUCAGUUAGGUUUUUCGCAAAAUCCUCUCGAAUUAGGAUUAUUGCAACAAAACCAAAUGACUCUCCAAAACCAGUUUGCUUUGAAAAAUCAGUUAGGUGUUCAGAAUCAGUUGGGUAUUCAGAAUCCAUUUCAACUUCAGAAUCAAUUGGGGUUCCAGAACCAGCUACGAGGACAACAACAGAGUCCACUCAGUUUUUCCCAGCAACUAGGGCCAUCUGGUUUUAAUAACGAGCUACUUGUAUCACAACUCGGCCUGAGUAAUCCUCAGCUUACUUCAUCCAACUUAGGGUUUGGGCAAUCCAACUUCGGACUCGGUUUUCCACAGAGUAACAGCGGAACGUUGUUCGCAACCACAGGCUCUGAAUCAGGAUCUUCUUCCGCUCGUCCCAUAGGCUCCAACCAGGUCCUUUUGCAAGGAGGUCAGUUUCAGGAAUCUCCUUCUUUGUCGGGUUUACAAUUCGGAAGCACAAAUCGCUUCCCCUUCGGAACAUCGUCCGUGACGAACAACCGUUUCUCUGCCAAUGGCGUCGGUCGGGGUGAGUCUCAGUUUGGCAGUCAGUUUGCUAGCCAAUUAAAUAGCGAUCCAUUCCUGAGCCAACGACCUCAGUUCCAGUUUUCGGUCGGCAACGGGCAGCAAAGCAAACAGGUCCGUGAAUUCUCACCAAAUGAGCGAGCCCUUUCCUUCAACGAUUCCUUCGAUCUUACUAGUCAGUUUCAGCCGCAAGAACUCCAGCAGCAACAUCAGCCAAUAAAUAAUCCUUUCCUCUUUCAACAACAUUUGUCAUCGUUCAAUAACCAACCAUUCGCUGGCAACUCCCAACUAUUGCCGCAGAAUCAACAGCCACUACGUACACAGUUUAACGCGUUUCCCUUAUUGACGCUAGAUCAACAACAGAAACAACAACAAGGCCAACAACAGAUGGUACCACAGAAAGAAUUCGCGACGUUCAAUAAUCGUCCAGUUCUUCAGCUUCAAACCGUUCCUUUCAGCAACGAUGACGACGACGAUACAAAACCUUUGUUUAAUCAUCAAGCUGCUCAGCCGCAGAAACCACAACAGCAGUCAUUACCACUACCCAUUGCCAUGACUGACUUUUCGUGCGAUGGUCGCCCACCUGGUUAUUAUGCUGAUGUUAAGAACGAAUGCCGAACAUUCCACAUCUGCAUUGAUGAUGGCUCUGCUUCAGGACUGAAGAGAUCGUUCGCUUGCCCCAAUGGCACACUAUUCGAUCAAGUGAAUAGCGUUUGCCAAUGGAAAGAAAGUAUGGAUUGCUCCAAGAGUCACCUGUUUUACCCUCGACGUGCUGCAAGCAGCACAGAAUCAGCGACGACAGCAUCCAACAGCGAAAUCCGCCCAACAUCGAGCCCUUUAAAUUCUCAGAUCCCUUCACCCAUUGGCGGUUUUCUUAACAGCACACCACCCACCAAUUUUAUGUUUUUAGGCGUUGGACAACCGAGUCCAGCAAUGGGCUCGCUUGACGCAGGACGUAGUCUUGAGGACACGAGAAGAAAUGCUGACAACGGUGGGAUUCGAACCAGAAGCACUUUGUAUGCUCCGCCACAAAUUCGGCCGCCUCUUUUUCGCCCAUCCGAGCGGAUAGAUGACCCCCGAAAAGCCGCUUAAGGUGACGGGUAUCAGUGUAAUUCCUAGACAGUAUUUUAACUAAGUGGUUAAUGUACAUCACACUAAAAUUUUGUGCAUGGUAGCUUAUCGCCUUCGAUAACAUUACCAAAGGUUUUUCCAAUGCCCGAUGAAGCUGAUAUAUCAUACCAUUGUUGUAUUAUUAUUAUAAUUGAAACAAAUUGGCGCUUUUUUGUUUUUAA